AUGGCGUCCUCUGUCUUCUCAAUGUCCAUCUCCCUUGUCCUCCUGCUCCAAGCCGCGGCCGUGCCCACCGCGCAGCUGGGCGCCGGGGACGCGCCAGCGCCGGAGCUGCCAAGGUCUGAGCUGGCGGCCAUCUUCCGUGUGAUGGCCGACCUCCUCGGGGACCCGACGUGGCCGCAGCUCCACCCGCGGCCCUGCACUGACACGCCGUGGCCGGGCCUCCAGUGCGAGCUCGCGCCCGACGACGCGCGCCGCCUCCGCGCCACGCGGCUCCACUUCGGGCCCGACGUCUCCACCCCGCCCUGCAGGCCCGGGGCCAGGCUCGACGCCGCCUCGCUGCGCGGCCUGCCCCAUCUCAAGACGCUCUCCCUGUUCGGGUGCUUCGCCACCGGCGGCCAGGACCAGGCCGUCGAACUGCCGCCGGCGCUGUUCGCGAACGCGUCGUCCCUCGAGCAGAUCGUGCUCAAGUCCAACCCUGGGCUGACUGGCCCGAUACCUGCGACGUUGAGCAGCCAGCGGAGCUUGCGGGUGCUCAGCCUGUCGCAGAACGGCUUCCACGGCGGGAUCCCGAGGGAGCUCGGCGGCCUCGCAGCGUUGCAGCAGCUCGACCUCAGCUACAACAACAUCACCGGCGAGAUACCUGAGGAGAUUGGAGGGAUGGCGAGCCUGACCAUCCUGGACCUGAGCUGGAACCGAAUCGACGGUGGCGUGCCGGCGACGCUGGGGAAGCUGCAGAAGCUGCAGAAGGCAGACCUGAGCUACAACCGGCUCGGCAGCAGCGUGCCGCCGGAGGUCGGGUCGCUGCGGGAGCUGGUGUUCCUUGACUUGAGCCACAACGGGCUCGCGGGCCCACUGCCAGCCUCCCUAGCCAGGCUGGGCAAGCUGCAGUACCUGCUGCUGCAGGACAACCCCCUCGGCACGGCGGUGCCGGCGGUGGUCGGGUCGCUUCGUCGGUUGCAGGUGCUGGGCCUAUCCGGGUGCAAUCUGACGGGGCCGAUCCCGCGGGGAGCGUUCUUCGCGGCGCUGGACAGCCUGACGGCGCUGUCUCUGGACAGGAAUCGGCUGGACGGGCCGAUCCCGGCGAGCCUGGCCGCGCUGCCGCACCUGGGGCAGCUGAACCUAAGCCAGAACCGGCUGGCGGGGGAGAUCGCGCUGCCGGGGGAGUUCGUGGCGCGGCUCGGCAGGCGGCUCGACGUGCGGGGCAACGACGAGCUGUGCCUCGGCAGGGGGCUGCAGGGGAGCGGCUACCUCGGGGCGCCGCCCUGCGUGGAUGGCGACGCGUCGCCGGCGCGGGCGGUGGGAUCAGGUGCUGCGGCGGCCGGCGUUGGGAUGGCGUGUCACCUUCUUGUAGUGUUGCUUCUGGGGUUCCGGUUGUGA